AUGAAAAUAAUAUCAGUAGUAACACUACUACUUUUUAGUCUAACACAUUCAUUAGCUAACAAUUACGAUCAAUUAGAUGAAACAAUAUCAAUUUCAGAAAACAAUAUAAUACAAAUUCAUAAUGGUGAUUUAUCAAUUAUAGAUUCAUUUAAACCAAGACCAUUUUAUACAUUAUUAUACCUAACAUCAUCAAAUCCAAAACAUGAAUGUCAAUUGUGUGCGGUAUUAGGUCCAAUGAUCCACAAGUUAUCUCAAGUAUGGUACAAAGAAAAUUAUAUAUAUAAUAAAGACCUAGUGUUUGUUGAAGCAAAUUUAAAAGAUUUUUCAAAUGCUAAAAUAUUCAAUCAUUUAAAAUUAACUACAAUACCUCAUAUUUGGCUAAUACCUCCACAAUUUAAUGAAUCUUCAACUUCAAUAUUGGAUGAUACUCAUUAUCAAUUGAAUCCACCACCACUUUCUGAAGAUAAACAAAUACUUGCAUUAAAUGAAUUCUUAAAUGAACAAUUAUCAAAACAAAUUAAAUUACCUCAAAGUUCAAGUGGUGAUCAAGCUUUUAGUACAUUUUUCAAAACUUUUUUGAUUACUUUUUCAGUUAUAGUACUUAUUAAAAAGAAAGGUCCUUCAUUUUUAACAUCAACUAAAAAGAAAACCGUUAUUUCCAUAAUAUCAAUACUAUUUGUGAUUUUAUGUACAUCAGGUUAUCAAUUCACAUUACAAAAUAAAGUUCCAUUAUUAACUAAGAACAAAGAUGAUAACUCAUUAAUCUUCAUUAGUGGUGGAACUCAUUAUCAAUACGCUGUAGAAAUUGCUAUAGUAAGUUUAAAUUAUUUAAGUUUAUUUAUAUUUUUUAUCAGUUUAAUUAAAUUAGGAGAUUACAAAAUUACUGAUACUUCCAUGAUCAAAAAUGAAAAAUUAAGGAUUUGGUUCAUUAUUUUAAAUUCUUUAAUUAUUUAUAUAUUGAUAAGUUGUUUAACUAGUAUCAUAUUGAGAAAAGAUGGGAAUUAUCCUUAUGCAUUUACAGUGCUAUUUUAA